AUGUCGAAGCCGAAAAAAGGCCCAGUCGCCGCUGGCCCUCCGCGGAGGGAUAUCCUGGCUUCAAUCAAAAUGGCCUCGAUGGAGAUCAUGUUGCCCGUUUUGCCUGCGGAGUUAAUGUCGCAAGCCUUGGACUAUGUUGAUCCGGUCGAUCUCAUAAGUGUCGCCCGGACGUCGAAACGCAUGCGCGAUAUGGUUUAUGACGAUUCUCGAUGGGUGGUACAACUGCAACGGAUGGGCUGUUGGAAUGAGGAAGAAGCGAGAAAGCAUGCCGAAAAGCAAACCGUCCCUCGGCACACCAUCUAUCAAUCACAAUGGAAACAGGAUAUUCCCGUCGCGAACCCCACGAGAAGGCGAUCAAGCGCUCGCAAAUUGUCAACUGCCGAUGGCUUCGAUCCUAUAUCCGUAUCGUCCGGCGAGAAGACGGGGAGUGCUGCUCGCGAACAGGGCAUGGAUAUAUUGAAGCAAGUCAAAUCAAUACGUGGGACUGCUCGGCAGGAAUAUGGCAAAGUCCACGCCGUUCUGGCACCGUUAUAUAACGAUAUCAUAAAAAACGGUGGCUCUACCAACAAUUUGAUCUUUCAGCGAUACACCGAUCCAGAGAACCAAGCUAAGAUGCUUGCCCAGCUUCUCAAGUUUGCAAAGACUGAUAUAUCUCGCGGCUCCGCUGAGCGUGAAGUAUGUCUCGAGGACGCAGUUCAACUAUUUGAGACCGCCGCCAUAGGGGAGUUACGAAGCGGAUACGAAGCGGAUAAUAUUGACGGGCACAUGCGCAAAUAUGCCCAUGUGUUGUGGAAUCUCAAUGGCGGCCAUUCCGCCAUUGACUUUUUCCUGAAUCACAACAAAGUUGAGACCGGUCGGUCUCAGUUUGGCAGUGUGAUUGAUUGUAUCGAUUCCGCUGCAGGAGACGUGAAGCUAGAGCAUACGCAAGCAUUUUUCACACGAUUUGGAGUUGCCUAUAACGAAGAGAUUGCCACUAUAGAUCGUGCGUUCCCACAAUCCCUCGACGUUUUCUCCCCGUUUUUAGAGAAAACAUGCCGCGAUGUGCUGGCGCCUUUUUUCACAAACCUAUUCGACGAGCUGCAUCGAACCAACCUCGAAGGCUAUUUAAAGGCGGUGUCUGGCACGUUUGCUCAAUGCUUAAAGUUCAUGUCUGACUUGAGAAUACCUCGAAAGUCAGAAGAGGAAAGGCAAGAUAGUACCACACGUAUCCUCGAACAGAUAUACGAACCCCAUUUAGAUCUGUAUCUAGCAGAGGAACUCGAUUUCUUCCGCAAAGGCUGUGAUGCAACGGUUGGCGAUUGGGAUAGACAGUUGUCAGAACAGGCGGCAUCCACCGAAUCGUUCCUCAUGUCUAAUGUCAAUCGACAGGCAGACAAGAAAGACUUUUUGACUUCUUUUAGGAAAGUGGUUAUGAUGCCAGUCAUGAUUCUUCCUCUGCCAUCAUUCUCCAGCAAGCCCCAGCAAGGGGCAGAAGACGAAGACGCAAAGAACAAAAAUGCAGCGCACAACAAGAGCACAGCCCGAUUUUCGACGGUGGCUCCUCCCGUGCCUACGCCUCUCACAGAGGCUCCUACUGACGAGUUGGCCGCAAAGGCGGCAUUAAUGAAUACGAAAUUGGAGGGUAUCAAGUCUCUUUUUAGUAUCGAGGUGGCUUUGGGCUUGGUUCAAGCGGCAAAAACCAGUCUCGAACGCGCUAUACAGUUUUUAAAACUAGGCGGUGCCUGGGGCAAGGCUACGAAACAGCAAUGCGAAAGUAUUUUCAUAUCAUUGCUUACAAUUCUAGGACACCGACAUGUCAUUACAGGAUUCGACAAAGCUGUUGACCACCUAUCCAAUUACCGACCACGCGAGCAAGGCGAACGCGAAAAGGGUGGCGUGGAGCCACUUGUGACGUUUCUUGAACUUGUUAAUGUCGGAGACCUUAUUUUACAAAUGAUGGAUGUCUUUUAUGAGCAGGAGCUUAUUGCAGCGAAGCUCGUCGAUAGAAGCGACUUCCUUGACCCGGCUGCGAAGGGGAAGAAAAGAUUCGAGCAAAUGCUGGAUGAGCGCGUGGCUUCUGGCCUGAACAAGGGAAUCGAUGUACUCAUGGAGGAGGUUGACUAUAUUCUGGCGACACGGCAAUUGACGACUGAUUUCCACCCUGACGCCGGCAUUGAUUCAACCACGCAGACGCCUGACAUAGGCGUUAGUGCGGCAGCGGUGGCGGUUGUUGACGUAGUUUCAUCGCAUAUCUCCAUGCUAGUGGGCAGCACCGACAAGAGCACGCUGGAUGUUUUUAACCAGGAGGUCGGGCUGAGGUUAUUCGGAGCGAUCUGCAAGCAUCUCAAACGACAGCGCAUCAGCGUGGAUGGGUCUUUGAAGUUAAUAAGUGAUAUGAAUCACUACUUCAAAUACGUCCAGACGCUGAAGAACAACGAGCUGCUGCUCUACUUUAAAGCCCUACGCGAACUCUCGCAAAUCUACCUAGUUGCCCCAUCCGAUGCCAAGGAGCUGGCAACUGUCAUCGCAGACAACGACCGCUUCCAGGGCAUUUUCCGUGCAGAGGAAGUAUACGAGUUUGCCGAACGAAGAGCAGAUUGGUUCCAGAUCCGACGCGAUGUCGAGCGGGCCAUGUAUGGCGGCGGUCCCAACGGCGAAAACCUCGCCGAAGGCUUCACCAACACCACCAACGCAAUCGCCGCCUGGGCGAGGGAAAGCAAAGACUACGAUUACUCCAAGCCCACAGGAUUCAGUGAAUCAACGGGCCAUUUCACGCAACUCGUGUGGAAGGCGACUACGCAAGUUGGGUGCGCUGUUGCAAACUGCUCGAAAUACGACGACAGUUUUCGUGCCAAUGGCAAAGAAGCGUUUGGAUGGUUUUUUGUGUGUGAGUAUUGGCCACCAGGGAAUGUCGUGGGUGAUCGGGAUCAGUAUUUUGAGGAGAAUGUUGAUCCGGCGGUUUCGAGUGGUGUUGCUGCUGCUCAUGCUGCUUUUUUGUAUGGAAGAGGGAUGGUGGGAUUGUGGUUGGUUGUGUUAAUUAUGGGCAUAUUUUUGUUUUAA